AUGGCUGCCCGCUCUUAUACCCAGUUAUUGUCUAGCAUUCCUCCCUCAGGAAUCUCGAAGUCACAGGAGGAUCUCCCUCAGCUUGGAUCCACUGUGGUGGCCAAGGGCUGCAGCCCAGGGGCAGGGGAGAUCACCUCUGCCUCUACAUACUUCUCCUGUGCUGCUUCUCCGCGCAAGCUCAUCUACGCUGGAAUCCGGAGAUCACAUCGAGACACUGCCCAGCCUAAAGCACCCCUAGCCCAGGUUCAGGAAAAAGGGGAGACUGCUCCCCCAUCACACUGUGUCUCCUCCUCACCCUCUCCACCCUGUAAGCACUAUCUGCACCCAGACAAAGAGGAAAGGGGCAUGAAAAUAUACUACAUGCAGGUACAAGUGAACAAGGGUGUAGCUGUCUCCUGGAAGACAAAGAAACCCUUGGAGUUGCCUGAAAAGCAGCUGACGAUAGAAGAAGUGACCCUUCCUGAGGAUGCGUGCACAGUAGGCACUUACCCCUCUGAUGUGUUCACCGAAAGCCUCCUGUCUGACAGUGAGCCCACUGGGGAGGAGAAAGAGUAUGAGGAAAGGGCAGAGCCAGGCAGCCCAUCAGGGUCACCUGCAGUCCAGGAGACACCCAGGGCCAAGACACCGGCCUGGAUGGCGACCAUGGAGACCGGCUUCAGGUGCAUGGCCUGCUGCCGGGUCUUCCACACCUUGGAGAUCCUCCAGCAGCACGUGAAGGGCGGCGUCCUGGAGGGCUUCGGCUGCCAUUUCUUUCAUCUCAACAUCGCCCAGUGGAUGGGCAAUGUGGAAUUCGAGAGCACCCCUGAGGAGGAGGGCAGUGUGGAACCCGAGACCACCUCUGAGGACGAGGAGGACGACGAGGAGAAGCUAGAAGGCCCCAGCCCAAAGAGACCCUGCAGGCAGGGUAUUUUCUCUCUUUUGAGUUCCACACAGCAACUGAGAUUCAUGGGACAGAAGAUCCUGGAGACGGUGUGGCCUUGGAAGAGGUAAGGCUUGAGGCUGGCACUCUUCUGAGCCUAUGUCACGAGGGCCCAGAGGAGUCUAAGGGAAGGGGCCGCACACAUGUGCUGGUUUACCUAAUGGCUCUGCACUUGCAUCAACUUGGGACACACCCAGCACUUCCAAAGGAAUUGAGCUCUGCUGACUUCAACAAGAAGGUGGAGCCUUUUCCUAGGAGUUUUCUCAGGGUCUGCACGAUGGACCUCAACUCUUAGAGGACGUACCACCAGCAGCUCCUUGUCGGCAGAGAGAGCCAGGAGUGGUCUGAAGAGAGGACAGGGGCCCUUGCAGGACCAGAACUUUGAGGUCUGAGAGCCUUUGGCCUGAGCUGAGAUCUCACCCGGACCACUGUACCUAGCCUUCUGUGACAAAGGGGAAUAUGAAAGAGAGUCACGUGGAAAUGAGGUCCCCUGAGAUAUGGAAGUGUUCCAGAACCUUCGUUGCGUGGUAGUUGAUCUGGAGCCAAGCUCACUGUGGUGUGUCUGGCUCUGAGCAUUAAGGCAACGCUGGAGGGUGACCCUGACCAGCAGAGCUUGGAGUGCUGCUUGUCUCUUCCUGUUCUACCUCAGUUGUUUGAUCCCUUCCAGGGAGAAGAAAGGACCCUCGGGAGAGUAGCAGACAGAAUGCCGUGGUCUGAAGGAGGAUGAAGGGACCGGCACUCAGUUUCACAUCAUAUGACAAUAGGAACGUCCUAUGCAAUAAAGGGCAUUUUCCAAA